GCUUUUUCGCAUAGCUUGAGAGAACGUCAGACAGCACGGUUUGAGUCGAAAGAUUUCUGUUUGCAUCGUCCGUCCUGGUGCUGUGUAGUAAAGUGGUGAAAAUUUUAAAACUGAUUAUUAUAAAAUUGUUAAUUGCGAUCCGGGAUUAAAUCCUGCAAAAUCAUUAAAAAUAUCCGAAAAUACGGAUUUGUUCAAUUAAUAGAAUUGUGAUAUAUAGAACAUUUUAAGUAGAGCUAAUGUAUUAGAACUGUUACGUAACGUUGGAGUUUCAAGUUUUCAAAUAGUGUAAACGCCUAUCAUUGCUUUCAAAAGUUACUUGAUAACUUGAUAUUAAUUAAUAGUUUCUACUCAGCAUCGAACCUAGUAAAAGUAAAAGCAGAUAAAAAUGACUUCCAUAAACGUGGACAAAUAUAAACUGUCUGACAAAACAGCACGGCUCACAGCGAAGGAUAUCAUACCGAUGAUCCAAUCUUCCGAUUCCGCAGAAACUCGAGAGUUUCUGCAAAAAGUGUCGGAGCUGCUGAUCGACUAUGUAAACAUUCAGAACGAUCGGAAGGAAAAAAUUCUUGAUUUUCAUCACCCGGAAGAUAUGAAGAAGUUGCUCAAGCUGGAUGUGCCGGCCGAAGCUGUUACACUGCAACAGCUGUUGAAGGAUUGUGCGAUAACACUAAAGUAUCAGGUGAAAACGGGUCAUCCCCACUUCUUUAACCAGCUUUCCUGUGGCUUAGAUGUUGUCUCGAUGGCAGGCGAGUGGCUGACAGCAACCGCCAAUACCAACAUGUUUACUUACGAGAUUGCACCAGUUUUCAUCCUGAUGGAGAAUGUAGUGCUGACAAAAAUGCGUGAAAUUAUUGGCUGGAAUGGUGGUGACUCGAUUCUCGCUCCCGGUGGUUCCAUUGCCAAUUUGUACGCCUUUCUAGCCGCUCGGCAUAGAAUGUUUCCUGAUUACAAGGAACAUGGAGCUCGUGCCUUGCCCGGUGAGCUGGUAAUGUUCACCUCUGAUCAGUCACAUUAUUCAAUUAAAUCAUGCGCCGCGGUAUGCGGUCUUGGAACGGAUAACUGUGUCAUGGUUCCUUCCGACGAAAAUGGAAGAAUGAUACCAACAGAACUGGAACGUUUGAUUUUGGAACGAAAAUCACGCGGACAGAUACCAUUUUUCGUCAAUGCCACAGCAGGGACUACGGUAAUAGGUGCAUUUGAUCCUAUAAAUGCUAUUGCCGACAUAAGCGAGAAGUACAACUGCUGGUUCCACAUUGAUGCUGCAUGGGGUGGUGGCUUAUUGUUGUCCAAGAAAUACCGCCAUCCAAGACUAUCCGGUGUUGAACGGGCGGAUUCUGUUACGUGGAAUCCACACAAACUGAUGGGUGCUUUACUUCAAUGCUCAACGAUACACUUCAAACAAGAUGGCCUCUUGAUUAGUUGCAAUCAAAUGUCAGCCGAAUAUCUGUUUAUGACAGACAAACUGUAUGACAUCAGCUAUGAUACCGGAGAUAAAGUUAUCCAAUGCGGACGUCAUAACGACGUUUUUAAAUUAUGGCUCCAGUGGCGAUCGAAGGGCACUGAAGGUUUUUCCAAACACAUGGAUCACCUGAUGGAGCUGACAGAGCAUCAAGUAAGGCGAAUUAAGCAACAGUCGGACAAGUUCCACCUAAUAAUGGAACCAGAAUGCACGAAUGUAUCCUUUUGGUACAUUCCCAGACGAUUACGCGGGGUUCCGCAUGACGCUAGAAAGGAACAAGAAUUGGGUAAAAUCUGCCCAAUCAUUAAAUCGCGUAUGAUGCAAACUGGAACUCUAAUGGUUGCCUACCAGCCAGAUGACCGACGUCCAAAUUUCUUCCGGUCAAUUAUAUCUUCGAUAGCAGUCACCGAAGCCGAUGUUGAUUUCAUGCUCAGCGAAAUUGAUCGUCUAGGUCAGGAUCUGUAAACUACUUGAUGAUUAAGCAAUACAACAGUAGUUCGAUGAGAACAAUUUUAUCGGUAAAAUUAAUUCCUUAUAUAGGCAUUGACACGAUUUUCAACUGCCGACACACUUCCUUCCAACGAACGUUGGUCGAAUCGUUUAACAACCAAGGAGUAUCAGUUGAAAUAACAUAUCAAUGAAAAUCACUCAAAAGAUUUUUAUUAUUUACCUAUAGAAUAAGUAUUUAAAACUUAUAGCAUGUAUUAUCAUGUUGACGGUUAAAAAAUAAUAUCAUAACUAUUUUUUAAUAGUUCAUUUAUAUAAGUUUAAAUUUUUAUUAAGUUUAACUUAAGUUUUACCUCAUGUUUGUUAUACGUAGACGUAGGUUGUAUUAUGUUCACGACAUUAACCUAUCAACACCGAAAUCUAAGAUUAUAAUAUAUGUUAUAGCGAACAAAUGCUAAAAACGAACUAUCAAUGAACAUAUAUAACUUAAUAAAACAGAACAUAUUUACUAAAAUUGACUGUUGCAAACGAUUGAUGCAAAAAAAAUUAUAUAUAUAUACAACAAAAUAUAUACAUACUAUAUACACAAAAUACGUUCUCCCAUUACGUAUACACGUUCACAAUAAUCCGCCAUGACAAGCUGAGGAAAAAGUUAAAUUUCGUUCAUUAAAGCUUCAUUUGAUGGGUCACUUUUUGGUUCCAAAAUAGCCGAAAGUUAUUUGAGAAAAAAAAAUCAAAUGAACAUAUUAUCAAUGUGUAGUGUGCAAUAAAAGAAUUUUGUUACGAGUCUAAAAACUGGAUAGGCAAUAAAAAACUGUAAUUACAUGCAUAUAUGUCUGUAUUAUAAAACAUUCUUUUUUAAAAGUUAAUUUGCAUCUGCUCAAGGUUACGUUGUGAGAUGUGUACAUAAAUGCCAAUCAUAACAGAAUAUGAAAUCAAACUGCUUUAAUCAAACUUUCUUCAACUCAUGAAGAAAUAAGAACACAAAUGCUACCGACUGAAAGUUUAGACAAUGCCAGCUUAUUCGUUAAAUAAAUUAUAUCGAUAUAUAUGCUAGAAUAUCAUGUAUAUGAGCUUGUUGAAAACGAGUUUUAGUAAUGAUUUUAUCACUCGUAAAGAAACUAAUAAAUUAGUUUAAAUUUUUGUUAAUAAAUCAUCAUAGUAAAAUAGUUAAAUCUAGCGACUGACACCAAGUGUGAAUUGAAGAAAAAAAAACUUGACUACAUGAUGGCACUUGUGUUCGAUCCUAAAAAGAAUUUUUUUAGUAAUUCAUAGUUUAAUUUUCAAUAACGCGUUGACCGCAGUAUACUAGCAAAGGAUUCGAAAAUUAGUAACAAAAAAAGAGAGAAAACAACAAAAUCAAAAGUCUUCCUUCGAACAAAAUGUUAAUUAAAAAAUGAUUCGCGUUCACUCUCAGAUACCUUCGAUCUUGGUGAGUCGGAAGCACCUUGUUUGAUCUCGAAUCACAUCACUUGGUGCUUAAAUAUUUCUGAUUCACCCUUAUGUAUAUUUCAUCUCGAGAGUGACGGGAAUCGUAGGUGAAAUAUUUAACAAAAGAGUUGCUAUGAAUCGCAUCGAUUAGUUGUUUGAUUAGUUGUUUGAAAACUCUAUAAAAAAAAACUUAGUUAUUUGGUAGCUGAUCCACUGCAAUCUAUUAUUGACGGAUCAUAAAGUAAAAAAGCUGUAACCGAUACUCAAAAAAAACAUAACGAAAACGUCUCCCAAACAAGAAUUGGCGAAGCCAUACAAACAUUUUAGCCACUAUAACAAAUCACAUUUAACACACGUUCGCCAAAACCUAGUGGCAACGAUGCGUAUAAAAUAUUUGUCAUGAAUACUGAAAUCAAAACAUACAAAUAGUAAAUGACGAAGCGGUACUCUAGACUAUUAUGCAAAGAAAACACAAUAGAUGUUAUGUGUUGUUACAGUAAACAAAAAUAAAAAAAGCAAAUGUGAAUCUGCAAAUAAAAAAAGAAAUAAGUAUAUGUAUCAAUCGA